ACUGUUGUGAAGUCACGCAGCUGCUCAGGUGCGGUAAGGUUAGCGACUUCCUCCUCGAGCACCGGCGGCUACUAGUGCGUUUCUUCUGCUUCUUAAAGGAUGUUAUGUUUGUUAUUUUGAAGUUUCGCACACUUCAUGCAUUGUUAGCGACGGUUCUCUGGUGUUGGGCGCUGCUGGACUUCAGUCAUGGGGCGCUGCACAAUCGCCUGUCAGGGUUGCCUCCUCACAUGUCACGGCAUUGGUGAACUCAAGAAACACUUGCACACAAAGCGGCAUAGACAGCAAAUGAGAGAUCUCUUCCAGACAGAUAUGUUCAGGGUGCGAGGCAGUUUUCCCUUUAUUGCUAUUAUGGAGCACCUAGCCAAGCAUGACCUCCAUCACCCCAUCAUCGGCCUGUCUCUGGUGACUCUGUGUUUGACUCCAAAGUUGCGCACCACGUUCUACCUGUGUCACGUCUGCGAGACCAAGUGCUCCCACUCAGAUAUACUGCACCACCUCUUCUCUGACGAGCAUUACAGUAACUACUAUAACUUCACAGACCCCAACGUGCUGAGUUUCUGCUGGAUUCCUAGCCUGGAUAUGAGGAACACUCUGAAGGACAAGGUCCUCAAGGAAAUCAAAAAUAAAGGAUGUGGACAGCUACAGGUGCUGGACUUACCUGAAAAUCUGUUUUCAGCGGUUGAAGCACGCACUUAUUCUGAAGUGAUGCACACUCUGAAUGAAAACAAGAAGAUUUUCAACCUGCUCGAAGCUGACAAGCCAAAGAGGGUGAUGAUACAAACAUACCAAAAGGAUGUCAGCAGGAGCCAUCCACUUCUAGGUCUGCAGCACAUCGUGGAGUGCGUGUGUGUCGGACAGACCGAGAAACGGCACUAUCUCUGCACGCUGUGCCGCCUAACCUUUGCCACCCACAAGAUCAUCAAACACGUCCUCAGCUUUCACCACAUCUUUUAUUACUUUAAUGUGUGGCAUCCCUCGACUUUGCUGUCGAAAGAAAGCUACAGUGAUUACACCAAAGCCUUUGUCUCGAUGAUGCUUGACUUUGCAAAACAGGCAGAGGAGAUCCACGGACCAGCCACUUCAGAUGUAAAGCAAGUGUCUCUGGAGCCCGACUUGUUCGCAGAGGUGGUUUUGUCUUGCUACGCAGAAGCUUUAAAGAAAUUGGAAGGACACAUGGAGAGCGGCUUGAUUACGAGCAUCACACCAGGGAACAAACUGGUGCAGACAUCGGCAGGUCACACUGCAACAAUAUCUUUGAGAUUACGCUGCCAGGACUGCAACAUGAUCUUUGGAUCUCUAGCAAAGUAUUGCACGCAUUUGCGUAGCUGGGACCACAAGCAGAAGCUAAGCAUUAUCUUCAGGCGAGAGCUAGCAGGCGCUGAUCUUAAUCGCAAAGCAUGUAUUCCUUUGUUGGGCCUGUGCAAGCACCUAAGGAGGAACCGAACUCGAACUGAGCCAGUGAUCGGUAUACCUCUGAUUGUGCUGUGCCUCAGCACCCAGGUGCAGGUUGAGCCAUUUUACGUGUGCUUCGCCUGUGAGGAAACUUUCUCCAAUACCUUAAUCAAAGAACACCUGCACUCCCCAAAACAUCACACACACACACUGAUGCGCCAGAAUCACGGGCAGCUGCCUUUCGCCUGGGAGGAAUCUCUGGAUGGGAAUGUGCUAUGCCGUCUUGCGUGGGAAGAGGAGAGGACCAGAGGAACAAAUGACAUGAUGCUGAAGAUAUUUGAUGUCCCCCAAAGUUUGUUUGACAGUAUUAACCCAAACUGCUAUGAAGACGUGAUGAAGAAACUUCGGCCCUUCAUGGCACUGUUUAAAUGUCAAGUUCCAAAGUUUGACAAAGCUCAACAAAGACAGACCUUUCCUCUGUUGGGUCAGGAGUUCCUGGUUAAGCACUUUGCUUAUUACCAAACACACCUGUGUGGAUUCUUAUGUUUGCUCUGUCACAGAAAGUUGACAGAGCAAGAAUUUUAUGUCCAUGCGUUCAGCCGUGAACAUGUGAAAGCGUUUCUGGAGCUUGUCCACCCAGGCUCACUGGAUUCCCACAUGGAGAAUACAGAGACUUUGCUGGACUUGGCAAAGCAGGCAGCAAAUCUUAAUCCUGCAUGUCCCUCACAGGUGAUACGCCUGAGAAACCCCAUCAUGGAGAGCUUCAGCUAUCACAAAGUCACAAACAUCCUGAAAAUAGUGAAAAAGAAAUGUAAGGAAGGUCCACUUAGACCCACACUGAUACCUAAGAAGAAGUUGGUCCCAACAAAAACUCUGAAAGAGGACAAACACCAGGUGAGAGACACAAGUCAGAACAACGAUGUGACGGACAAGAAGACUGGGAAAGAGACUGAUAGUGAAUCUCCAGAGAACAACAGUGAGACCAACACACUCCCUGUUCCAGUGAAAAAGGACGGAGAGCCUGAAAGUACAGAAAGUUCAGAGCAGAUGAAGAACAGCACGGGCGAUGGAAGUGACAUGGAGACUCAAGGCAGCGUGUCCUGCAGACCACAACAGAAAAGACGCGCUGGUGAAGAUGCUCAGGAAGAAGUGGAGAGUAAAAGGCAGCGCCUCUGCUCUGAGGACGACAAAACGCCUCUUACAGAAGCCCAAAAAAUCCCAGAAGAAGGACAAAUUGAAACAGACUCUCAGAAAAUGAACACAACAAACAUGGGACAAAGUGGCAAGUCAACAGAUGAGACUGAAACAGGUAAAGAUAAACUGUGCAACUACGUCAAGAUGACCUGCCGAGAGCCUGUAAUUGGAUUAAGCUCACUGUUUGAAUGCAACUGUGAUCAAUACAAACCCCUGUACCUCUGUGAGAGCUGCCAUAUGAAGAUCCCAGAGGAGAAUAUCAUCAGCCAUGUUACUGGAUACGGUCACCAAAUGAUGCAUCUGGGGGGGCUCCAGGAACUGCCAGCUUCACCCGAGAAGACAGAGAAGGAGAAAAUCAGAUGUUCAGCUUUCCUGCAAGAACAGGAAAGAGGAUAUGGGGAAGCUCAGGCUGUUGAUCUGGAUGCCGAGCUUUUCAAUGACAUCGAAAAACAAGACUUUUACUAUGCAAUAACAAAGGUGAAACAGCUUUUAGAGCUCCCUCAAACCUCAGGCAUUCCUGGUGUUGAGCCCAUGGACACAUCAGCCGUCACCUCUGAGGCACAGGACACCCCACAGUCUCAGGUCAACCCCUUAACCACCCAAACUGUUAAAAAAUCGGAGAACAAGGACCCCAGAGAGACGACAGCAGAUCUGUUGACUUUCCUCAACAGCAGCGACAGAACAGAACCUAUCAUCGGUUUAAAUAUGCUGACUAAGACUCAUUCAGGAGAUGGAGAAAAGAGGCACUAUCUCUGUAAGUGCUGCUCCAUCAAGAUGGCCAUCUCCUCCUGCAUUGGACACCUCACCUCCUCACAGCAUCGCUACAACUACAUAAAACUGAUGCAUCCUGAGCAGGCUGAUAAGUGGGUGAAGGAACCUGACCUAACCACAGAGGAGGGACAACUUCAUGAGGAGCUAAGAGAAAAAGCAGCACAGCUAGAGAAGUUGGAACACCGGAAGCUAAAGAUACGGCAGACUGAGCGUGGUGAUGCUGGAAGUCUGGAGAGACAGCCAAAAUCUGCAACUGCAACCACCUCUAAAACAGAUGACAGCCACAAAACAACUGAAGCCAUCUCUGAAUCAAUUGAAGACAGCAAAAUAACACCUGUACAGUUUUCUAGCAGCAAAACAACCACAUGUUCACCUGAUGGGCUCAGCUCCAAAAAUGUAGCAACUUCAGAUUCUUCUGUGAUCAACUUAAAAACCAAAGUGAUUUCUCAGAGUGCUCCAGUAAAAUCCAAAUCUGCAACCUCCUCCAAGCCUGUUGGCCAAUGUGAAAAUGCAACCAUUUUGAUGGGAACAACCUCUACUUCUGCAGCAAACACUUUCAAAUCAACAGCAACCCCUUCCAGUUCUACAGCAAUCUCCAUUUCUACUGCAGCUACCUCCAAAUCGAUGACAGUUACCUCAGAAUUGACAACAACCAGCACCACAUCUGUGGCAACCAGCUCCACACCUGCAGCAACAAGCACCAUGUCUUCAGCACCAACCUUAAACGCAGCUUCAAACCCCAAAUCAGCAGUUGUGUCCAAAGCUCAAACCACUGUGAGAACUGGAGCAGCAUCCAUGUCGGGUAAAGCUGCAGCCACACCAUGUGCAGCUGCCCCACAAAGUAACAGAAGCCCUAAAACUUGUGAAAAUGUGUCCAAAAGUAUGGUAACAACCACCAGAGGAUCAAAUGCUCAUGGUCAUCACAAGGGUGACACACCUGUUUCUCUCACACAAAUGCCUGUGAGAUCUGUCCAUAAGACGGCACCCACAGACACAUCAGAGUACCCCAGGAGUGUUAAUAGACCAAAUCAAAGCAAGCUUUUGGUUGGGGUAAACUAUUUGAUUAUAGUCAAAUGUGAAAAAAAGCAGCAAAUCUACUGUCAGCUGUGUUCAUUGAGGGUUAAAGACUCAAAUCACAUCCAGCGCUCCAGCCACCGGUAUAAAUACGUGAAACACAAGUUCCCUGAGUGGACUGUUGAGCCGGCAGAGAAGGAUAGGAAGCUGCUCGAGCUGGUGACCCACUUGGCUAUGGCUGAAAGAGAUGCAGGCCUUAGGGAGAAGAAAGUGGAAGUGAAUUAUGAUGAGUACAGAGAGAUAGCUCGUCUUCCAGAGCAAACAGCUAUAGACAAACUGAAAGCAAUCAUCAAAGAGAGAGAAAUGCUGCGAAGGUCAUCUUCCACAACCAAUCCAGAGCAAAAAGACCAGAGACGGCGAGUUCCCUCAUCCAUUACGAAUAAAUCUUCACACCCAGAUGAUGGGGUGCCCAGGUCAAACAGAGAGGGAGCAGGGCUUCCCAUUAAUUGCCUGUCAAGGCAGGAGAACAUGCAGGAGCCUCAGCACUCAGUAAUGGAGACCAAAUCCAGAGAGGAUAGAAAUGUGACGCUAAGUGAUCCUGAGAAAACUGCAAGCCUGACUCCCAGAGAUGCAGCACAAGCUGAGCUGAGUCCAGACCAGCUUCAGUCAUGUCACACCCCAGAGACAAAUGAUUCAGAGCCCCUUAAAACACCAAACACUCACAGCUCUGAUGUUAACGGCACUGUUAAAGAGGACGUUUCUGAGCCUGAUGUGAUGGCCCAACCUCAAGUUAAUAUCACAUCUGCCCCUGGACAUCCUGAGGAAAAACCACAUGAGAGCCCAGACCAUCUUGACGCUGAGUCAGAAACACCAGCUCCAGCUGUUGACACACAGCCAGAGACUUCUGAGAACCAACUUCAGCGUGAGCAAACUGACACAGAGCUACCGGACACAUGUAGACCGCCAGACGGUCCAGAGAAAAUGUCUUUAUCCUCAGACCCUGUAUCACCCUCUUCAAUUGUUGCUGUGAAAACUGCACCACAGACCUCAGACCUCAGGCAGACUGGAGGACAUGCAUGGAACCACACAGGGCACAGACUAGAACAGGACCAGACUAAUGCACCGCAUGUCGUCCCAACUAAUUCAACAGUCAUAGGGGAAAGACCUGCGGGCUGCAGCCGUUUGUCCACAUACCUGAUGGUGAAGCAACUGGAAACUGAACCAAUCAUAGGUAUGGGCUUUGUGUUUGAGUGUCGAGGACAAUCUCUGCCUUCGUUCUACUUGUGUGGCAGCUGCAGCAAGACAAUACUUUUGAAAGACAUCUUUGAACACAUUGUCAGCACAGAGCACCAGUUGCAAUAUAUGUUGAGGCAGUUUCCUCAUUUUAUGUAUUGGUGGGACUGGAAUCUGCAACAAGAGGAGAAGCUGCAGCUCUUAACGGAAAUCGCCUGGAUACUUUCAGACCGGGAGAAGCACAAUAAGACAGAUGCUCAGGUCACACUACUGGAUGAGGACUGGCAUGGACGUGUGCAGACAGUUCCAUACUGUGAAGCCUUAAAGAUGCUGCAGCACCUGAGGAGAGAGCAGAACUUGAGCCCCCUGUGCCUACCUGCCUCAGAUAGGAUAGUGGCAAUCAAGAAGGACUCUUUUGGAAAUAUGACCCCUAAUGAUAAAAAGGAAGAACUACAGCCAUCACUGAGAGAAUUGAGACCAGAAGCAAAAAGUCCUUCUGAGGAGUUUGCAUUGACUGGGGAUGCGAAGAGGAUAAAACAGAGAAUUUCAAGCACUCAAGAUACCAACUAUGGCAAUUCAGAUGUUUACUCUGAUGUCUCAGUAUAUCCUGCUGUUAGCCAAAAAACCAACAAGAAUCUAGCCACCAAACCAGCAGAAAUAGCACAGGUCUCACUGGCCCAUUGUCCCUCCACACAGACACAGCCUGUGUUGCAUAUGAAACAGCCAGAGGUGCUUUCAGAAUGUCCAUCUUCCUUUAAGUUUUGCCUUAAAUCUAGUCAAGCCUCAGUGUCUUCCAGGGAUGAAUUCUCUGCAGCCAACCCAACCCCAGCCAAGGUAUCUGUUGGAUCCUUUGUCAGUCCUUGCUUCAGUAACUCCCAUCUCAAUGAUCUCUUGGAAGCUGAAAGUACACGUAGCUCACCACAACCCAGCAGUCAGACCACUCCUAGCUCAAAACCAGCUGUCCAUCCCUCUCAGUCUACUCUUGCUGACACUGUUGUGAACCCUUCUCCCCUCUGUCCCAAUGACAAGGACACAGGGACUUUUGUGGACAUGCAUAAGUUUAAUAAGAUAAUAGCUAUGUUGAGAGACAAUAAAUCUAUGUCAUAUCUGCCCCCUUACCAAGACAGCCCAAAGAAUACCGGGACAGCUACCUCCAGCACGAUUGAUUUGCCUAAAAAUAUUGCACAGGACAAAGAAAGUUGUAAUUCAACAAAUGGGCUGUCUACAUCUGAAUUGUGUAGUGCUUCUAUCCCCACCUUGAUGCCUGCCCAUAACCCACUGAAGAGGAAAUUGUCUCCUUCACAGUAUGGGGAAAGCAUCUUGAAUUAUGAGAACCGACAGUUCAUUGCUAAUCCCAGCUCUGUACCUUCUACUGAUAACCAGUCUCAAGAUGGCUCUUCUGGCCAAGGUAAUCAUUUGACCACAGUGGUCAGAGACAGCACUGAUACUACCUACUUGCCCAAUGUCAGUACUGCCAAUACCAAUGUCCUUAAGCUCCCUGGGAGCAUCUUUAACCAAAGCAACUUUGGAAAUGUGUUACAGACCACUAAUCCUGAGUCAACUUCAGGCUACAACACAAACUGUUCUUUGAAUAGUGGGGAUAGUCAGUUCAACCACAGGCCAUAUGUCACAAACAGUUCAAGUUACAGUUCUUCAGAGGCUGUGGCAAGAUACAUUGCACCGUACGUCUUUCCUGUCUACAGUGGGAGUUCAUACAUAAAUGAGGGGUAUCCCACGUAUCUCUUCCCAAGCCAGACUAGCCCUCCGCAGGGGACAGGACAGGUGACAGCUGAGGGCAGCAUAGCAACUCCAGCACCAACUGGAUGGCUGUAUGUGCCAGAGCAGCAGCAGUACCCUUCUUCAACACAUACAGCCCCAGGCCCAUGGAAUUGCCAAUCAUAAAAACCCAUCAAAGCUUUGAUCUAACAUUUCAGCCAAUGAUAACCAUUAACAAAGGUUAUUGAACUGCAGAACACUCCUCCAAUUGUCUUCAACCCUGCUGACAUUCAUGUCCUUCCUCCCUCUGAAUGUAGUGUAUGAUCCCUGAUUCCCUGAAUCACUUUUUAUAAGGAACUGUAACCUGCUUUCUGUUAGAAAUGCAAAUGUAUGUGAAUCAGAAAUGACAGCAGCUUCAUUAUUACAUCUAAGCUAAUGUCUUAUAUUUCAACAGCUGUAGGAACAGUAGAAAGAAAUAAUAGCAAUGUUAGAAUGGAUUUAUACUUCACGUGCCAAUGUCACACCUUAACUUACAACUUCACAGUACAGCCAUAGUUGUGCUGUGAAGAUAGUGUGGAGGAUAAAAUAAGGCAUCCUAGUUGUAUCAAGGCUGCACAAGGAUCUAAUUCAGGCCAGGGCUUCAUCGAUGAAGGAGCACAAACCAAAAUAACAGGCUGCAACAUAGUUUAGGUUUGCACUCCCCACACUCCCUCCUGGAGCUUUUUUACCGCUCAGGUCACUUUGACCUAAGCAUGGUUGUACAUACACUCAUGGGUUUUCCACACAAACAAACACCAGCAAGAGGAUGUUAAGCAACGUCCUAAUGUGGCUUUUUUCAUGGAGCAAUACUGUCUGCAGCCAAAUACAAAGAUUAAGAUUAAGCAUCAGUGAUUUUUAAUACUUAGAAUUAACAUAAAAUGCAAUACAUGCAAAUUAGAGUACAAUAUACAGUGCAAGAAUCUCAACUCUCCCUCUACCUUUGGUGCUCAUUAAAACAGGAUAUACUUGAUCCAAAUCCAGACUCAAAAAAUAACCUAACCUUUCUUGUCAUAAAGAUGUAAAAUCUGGAGCUGCUACAGACUCUAGACCCACAGCCACUCUCAUGAAUAUUUUUGUUGCACUUUUAAUUUUUGCCUUUUGUUAUCACCAGAGUAGCUAGGCUCAGUGCUUGUCUUUAGGUCUGUGGUACUGACUCUUGUCACAAAGUGUAGUUUCACUGUUCUACAUGAAAGGAAUAACAGUUUUUCAAGUUUAAAUGUUGGAUCUUUCCAUCUCAGGAUUUAAGGAAGCUUCUCACUGUAUACAUGGAAUGCUGGUCUUUCUGAGGUAGUGGAUCAAUCAGUGAGAACUUCCAAGAGACCCUAGAAUGUCUUUAUUUGUAUAUGUAUAUAUAUUUGUUUUGACUGAUUUGACAGGAGACCUGCUGACUUUCUGUUCAAGUAGCAAUGGCAAGGUCAAGCUCCUCCUUUGUUUUAAUUCUUGUUUAAGAGUAUGCCAUGGAUGACUGAAUACACCGUCGGAAAAAUAAGCAUAUUAAGCUAUUGAAAUUGUCUCAUUAUUUUAACAUUUCUAAUUUACAGUUUUCAAUAGUCAUCUACCUAAAGUUUUUGUUGGGGAGUUAUGUUUUUAGCAUACUUUGUACUGUGUUCAUCUUAAGAAAUUUGCUGUAUAUAUACUGUUAUACAUGACACAUGAUACAGUUUUCCUUUUUAUAUAUAUAUAUUUGCAAUAAAUUGUAAUAAAUAAAUGUAAUUAAUAAAUUUCAACACCUCCAGAGUGGCCAAAAAUGCA